GGGCGGCCGCGAGCGGAGAGGAGCCGGGAGCUUCGUGCCGGGGACAGCUGCUGUGCGACCGGCCCGAGCGUGCGAGCCACAGAGACACGGGGGAGGGGGGCUGCACACGGUGCACAGACUUGUAAGGGAGACUCCCAUUUGGAAUGAGAAUAGUAACGGAAUGAGCCAACAAGGUUAUGUUGCAACACCUCCAUAUUCCCAAUCCCAGCCGGGUAUUGGGGGAUUUUCUACAGGCUUUGGACCACCUACUUCUUCACCUCUUUAUGGGCAUUAUGGUGACUCAACCCGAUCAUACUCGGCACCUCAGUCAGGUAUGUUGAAAUCUACUGUGCCUUUUGGGUCCUCUGCUCCUGCUGGAUCUCCACCUCCUGGCACCCAUCAGUAUAGCCAGACAAACCUCCAGAAUGGCCCCCAUUCAACUGGACAUCAGCCACACAGGUUUCAAGGCCCUUCACCUCGCAACAAUGCAACACCUUCUUAUCCCCCGUACUGCCCUCAGUCACAGCCAUCCUUUCCAAAUAGUGCAUCCUCUUCAUCCACAACACAACUGGCUAAUCAGCUCAGCAGCCUGCAGAUAAAUAACUAUGGUCCUGGUGCUUCUCAGAGUUCUCACGUGCCUUCUGGGAUUCCAACAUCUUUUCAAGGUCCAUGUCCUCCACCACCACCAACACAGCAGCAAAUGGCCUUGCCACCUGGAUCUCAGAUUUCUCCAGCACCAGCAAAUAACAUGAAUGGCAUUUGUACUCCACCCUCACUGCCUCCAAUGGCCAUACAGGAUGGGAUUCCUGGAUCUGUACCCCCAAGUGCCAACUUGCAGCAACUUCCAGGACAACCCCCAAUGCCUGGGUAUCAUCCACAGCAUGCCAACUAUGGCCCUCAGAUGGCAGGCUCUCAGCACUCUUAUCCUGGUGCCUUUCCUGGGAGUCCAGGACAGCUUGCUGGUCCACAGCAGAGGAAGCUUGAUCCUGACUCCAUCCCAAGCCCCAUUCAAGUAAUUGAAAAUGAUAAGGCUUCCAGAGGAGGUCAAAUCUAUGCUACAAACAUCAGAGGCCAAGUUCCUCCUCUUGUCACCACAGAUUGUGUGAUCCAAGAUCAAGGCAAUGCCAGCCCUCGUUAUAUUCGAUGUACUGCCUACUGCUUCCCAUCCUCUUCUGAUAUGGCCAAACAAGCUCAGAUUCCGUUGGCUGCUGUCAUCAAGCCUUUUGCUGCUGUUCCACCAAAUGAGACACCUCUUUAUGUUAUCAACCAUGGGGAGACUGGGCCAAUUCGAUGCAACAGAUGCAAAGCCUAUAUGUGUCCCUUCAUGCAGUUCACUGAAGGGGGAAGAAAGUAUCAGUGUGGAUUUUGCCACUGCAUAAAUGAUGUUCCUCCGUUCUUCUUUCAACAUCUGGACCACAUUGGCAGAAGAACAGACCACUACGAGAGGCCAGAGUUAUCUCUAGGAUCAUAUGAAUAUGUUGCUACAUUGGAUUAUUGCAGAAAUAACAAGCCUCCAAACUCACCAGCCUAUAUCUUCAUGAUCGACGUGUCAUAUAGUAACAUAAAGAGUGGCCUUGUUAAACUCAUAUGUAAUGAGCUGAAGACUGUGCUGGAUAAACUUCCAAGAGAAGAGCAAGAAGAGACCUCAGCUAUUCGAGUUGGCUUUGUCACCUAUAACAAAGUUCUUCAUUUCUUUAAUGUAAAGAGCAACCUAGCUCAGCCUCAGAUGAUGGUAGUAUCGGAUGUUGGAGAAGUCUUUGUUCCUUUGCUGGAUGGUUUCCUUGUCAACUUUCAGGAAUCACGAUCUGUUGUGAACAACUUGUUGGACCAGAUUCCAGAGAUGUUUGCAGACACUAAUGAGAGUGAGACUGUCUUUGCUCCUGUUAUCCAGGCUGGCAUGGAAGCACUGAAGGCAGCAGAAUGUGCUGGAAAGUUGUUUAUCUUCCAUUCUUCAUUGCCGACUGCUGAAGCACCAGGGAAGCUGAAAAACAGAGAUGACAAAAAACUGAUCAAUACAGAUAAAGAGAAGAUACUUUUCCAGCCACAGAUGAAUAUUUAUGAGUCCCUGGCCAGAGAUUGUGUGGCUCAUGGCUGCUGUGUGGAUCUGUUCCUCUUCCCAAACCAGUAUGUGGAUGUAGCCUCCAUGGGUCUUGUCACAAUGUACACUGGAGGAACUCUUUACAAAUACAACAAUUUUCAGGUACAUUCUGAUGGUCCCCAAUUCCUGGGUGACCUCAGGAAGGACCUAGAAAAAAGAACAGGAUUUGAUGCAAUCAUGAGGGUUCGCACAAGUACAGGUUUCAGGCCCACUGACUUCUUUGGUGCCAUUUACAUGAAUAACACCACAGAUGUAGAGAUGGCAGCAGUAGACUGUGACAAAGCAAUAACAGUGGAGUUCAAGCAUGAUGACAAACUGAAUGAAGACAGUGGAGCCUUAAUUCAGUGUGCUGUACUUUACACUUCGAUAAGUGGGCAAAGACGACUCCGCGUACACAAUAUUGGCUUAAACUGUAGUUCCCAGUUAGCAGAUCUCUACAAGAGUUGUGAAACUGAUGCACUUAUAAACUUCUUUGCUAAAUCAGCUUUCAAAGCCAUUCUAAGCCAGCCCUUGAAGACAAUCAGAGAGAUCCUGGUGAGUCAGACUGCUCGUAUGUUGGCGUGUUACAGAAAGAAUUGUGCCAGUCCAUCUGCAGUAAGCCAGCUUAUCCUUCCCGAUGCAAUGAAGGUGCUACCAGUUUAUAUUAAUUGUUUAUUAAAAAGUUGUGUGCUAGUUGGCAGACCAGAAAUCCCAACAGAUGAAAGAGCUUAUCAUAGACAGUUGGUCAUGUCUAUGGAUGUUGCUGACACCCAGCUGUUUUUCUAUCCACAGCUUCUGCCAAUUCACACUAUAGAUGUAAAGAGCGAUGCGUUCCCCACUGCUGUCCGUUGCUCAGAGGAACGUCUGUCUGAAGGCGGGGUCUUCUUCUUGGCAAAUGGGCUAAAUAUGAUGUUGUGGCUGGGAGUCAGUGCCCCACCAGAGCUUAUUCAAGGGAUCUUUAAUGUGCCGUCCUUUGCACAUAUCAGCACAGAGAUUACACUACUCCCUGAAGUGGACAAUCCCUAUUCUAAGAAGCUCAGAUCAAUAAUGGAUUACAUCCAGAGCAACAGACCGUACUCCAUGAAGCUGCUAAUAGCAAAGCAACGUGAACAAGCAGAAAUGCUUUUCCGACAAUACCUGGUGGAAGACAAAGGUCUUUAUGGAGGAGCUUCUUAUGUUGAUUUCCUAUGCUGUGUCCAUAAAGAGAUCUGUCAGUUGCUCAGCUAAAAGGAAGCUUGACAUAUAUUUCAUCAGAUAUUCCUUCCAUUUGGUGACUAACUCCAUGUAGUGUUUAACUAAGCUUUUCCUAUGCUAUUUGUGUACAGUUUCUAACUUCACAGAUUAGUGCUCACUUUCAGAGUAUCUAGUUUAUGUAGGAAAUUCUGCACUCAGGUAUAAAUCUUUUGAGAGGGGCUUUAAAGAGUGCCUGUUUCUAAUUGACAGAUGAAAGCAUAGGGGUUGCAUUUCCUAAAUAUAAUUCACAGAACAUUCCAAUGUCCUCAAUUAUCUAAUCUAUUCAUGUAAAGUAUACUAUAACUGAGGAUUAAACAUCACAAUGUGUAAAACUAGUUUUUUCAACUCCAUUAAAUAUCCAGUUUGCAAUAACAUUGUUCAAGUGGGCUUCCGUGGGGGCCUGUUCCGGUUGUGUUGAGCAGUUAGAAUCAUUAUAUGGUCCCUGGUGUAAAUCUACUUGUACCCAAUGAAGCAUACAGUAAAGUAAUUCCCUGACAAAAGCAAAUAUUUACUGCUGCAGAGGCAAACUAUCUAGGGCUAAUUUUGGCUCACCGUGUACCACAAAGAAGCAUGUUGUUCAGGCAGCUGGUCCAUCUCCAGAAAAGCACCCAUGAUGAAAUGCAUUCAUCCCUAUCUCACACAUCAUGGCACUGUUAAAGAAAAGUAUUACACACUGAGCUACUUCUGUUUAACCAGCUGCAGAGCUAUAAGCAUAUGUACACAUGCUAGUUCUGAUCCCGAACAGCCUAUAUGCAAGACUGCAGCCCUCUUUUAAGACACUUCACUAAAAUGUUUACCAUGGGAGUGCAAUAGUAAUGGUGAGCUAGGCUAACUUUGCACAUGAUUGGGGUGAGGCUUCAGAAAUUACACGGGGUCACUACUGAAAUCUUGGUAGAUGAACUCGCUCUGUAUGUGAGGCAGAGUGCAAAUGGUCUGCCUCCAUUGACUUACAUCCAUGUGUGGAUAAUCAAGGAUACAGAAGUCUAUCUACAACUGGUCCCUUCCAUCAUGCUCAGGAGAUAUAGGUGACAGAACUUGGCCCAUAGAAACUACAGUGAAAGAAGGGAAGAGCAGUAAUAAGUGCAACAAAAAUUACCCUGGAUUUGGCAGGUACAUUUAGCUGCUACUGUCAGUCUUUUCAUUAGUAAAUGACUUGCUUUAUAUUUAUUAGUGUCUCUUCAAUACAAUAGUAAAUUUGGUCUACUUCCUAUAAAAAAAAGUUUAAUUCUGAAACCUUAACUAUAUUAAUCAGAAAUCAAAUUCAGUAUAAUUUGAAUAUUACAAUCCUUAUUCACCACCUGGAAUAUUCAUAACUUUUAACUUAACUUAACAAAAAUUUGAAAUACAACUGUGGUUUGAAUAUUUGUCUUUUUGAAAGUCCAAGGACUGUUGGCACUUGUUUUAACCAAAGGUCACAUAUGAUGCUGGAAGCAACAUUAUUUAUUUACAUAGUAGUUGUGUAUUUCUGUGACCAUCAACUCAAAUAUAUUAAGACAGUUAUUGCUUUGAAAAAGCUAGAUCGCUGAUUGAUAUUAAGGGCAGCAUUUGGAAAAUGAAAAGGCAGUUCACUUUAAGUGUUCUGUUGAUUAGAUAGUUUCUUCAUAUCAAACUGUUAAUGCAUUCACACAGGAUGAGAACAUGAUGAUAAAUCUCACCUGCAGACCUUCUCCUGACAAUUUAGGAGAAUUUUGGAACUCUUCCCAAACACUGUAAAAGGAAAGCAACCAGUCCUCAAAGUGUAGAGGAAAAACUUCAGAAACCUGCAAAAAAUUAUAUGCUUUUUAAGAAAUGUUUAGCAUGUCAAGUGAAUUAGAAAAUCAUGUAAUGUUGUUGUUUAAAGUGGUUGCAAAGAAUUGAAAGCUCCCUUGAUCAAGUACUACAAAAGAACCCUCCUAGACUAAAAUCAACUGGGAGCUAAAUCUGAUAUUUCUUCAGAGACAGAUGGGAAUUUGUAGCCAUUCCAAUUCAGUGUACAUUAUGAAUUACACCAGCAACUUUUUAAAAAAUAUAAACAAAUGUUUAUUAAAUAUCAUUACUAU